GGAUGGGCUUGCCUUUCGGCCAAUCACUGAGCAUUUCCUUGGACAGCCCGUAACAUUGCAUUCAACGGACCAACAGUGUGCUCAAGGUGUCUGUCCUGAAAGGAGGGGACACUGACACGAUGGGUGUGUUAUCCACGAUGAUGAGGGGUCUGGUAAGAGGAGCAGACAGAAUGGCUGAGUUCACCAGCAAGCGGGGAUCAAGGACUCAUAAUAAAGGCAGGGGCGCAAGGCCCACCGGACUGAGGCUCUCCAGCAGGAAGUUUCUGUCCAUCCGGAGCAUGAUCCCGGAGUUUGUGGUGCCUAACUUGGAGGGAUUCAAGCUUAAACCCUACGUAUCAUAUCGCGCUCCUCGUGGAACCGAGCCUCCACUCACAGCACAAAGUGUGUUUGCUGACGUUGUGGCCCCUCAGAUCAAGAAAGACUUUCAAGAGGGCAUUUUCAGCAAAGGACAGCUGGAGAAAUAUGGUUUUGAGCCCAAACAGGAGGGGAAGCUCUUCAAGCUGUAUCCCAAGAACUAUGUGCGCUAAAAAUGUACUGAGUAUCUGAAGAAAGGCACAGACUGCUGGGUAGACUGACCGCUGCAGACGGAGACGAAACCUUCACAUAUGGGACUGUGUAUUAUAUUAAGGAAAAUAUUUGUUCCUACAAGUGAUUACUUGAUCCGGCAAAAUAAAUCAUAUGGGUCUAUGAUCAA